AAGUGGCGGGCAGCAGAAUCAUGAAAACCAUUGCAAGGAUUAUCGAGACAAAACAACAGCGAGUCAAACGUUUCUGACGAACUCUAGCUAAAUGUUAACACAUGACAUUAUUAGUAUCACAAAAGUAGUUAAACGGUAAAAGAAACUGACAAGGAUCUUGCUAUUGUUUAUCCCCAGAAAAACGUUGUCCACUUGAUUUUGGAAGACAAACGUUUUUGCUAGUCCCAUACAGUACUCAGCCAGGACGGGAGCGUCAGGUUGUUUCUGGCGAAAUUUAGCUACGGUAAAGUAAAUAUAAAUUGGCAGCUGGCUAAGGAAAAGAUUUUGCAGCAUGUUAAAGGACGACGAUAAGGGGAUUCCUGUGCGGGUUGCUUUGCGGUGUCGUCCGCUUGUGCCAAAAGAAAUCAACGAGGGAUGUCAGGGUUGUCUCACUUUUGUGUCUGGGGAGCCGCAGGUAAUUGUCGGUUCCGAAAAGGCGUUCACAUACGAUUAUGUAUUUGACCCAAUGGCUGAACAAGAGGAAGUAUUCAACGUCGCCGUUUCACCGUUGUUAUCUGGCCUUUUCAAAGGGUAUCACGCCACAGUGCUUGCUUAUGGGCAGACCGGGUCUGGGAAAACCUUUUCGAUGGGAGGAACCUACACCUCUUCCCAGGAGAGUGAGCCUACAGUUGGGGUCAUCCCCAGGGUGGUCAGAAUGAUCUUCCAGGAAAAAGUCAAGAGAUCAGAAUGUCAAUUUAGUCUGGCAGUGUCUUAUUUGGAGAUCUAUAAUGAGGAUGUCUUGGACUUGCUCUGUAUGGCUAAGGAUAAACCAGCCCUCAGCAUUCGGGAAGACCCAAAGGAGGGAAUAAAGAUCGUGGGCCUGACUGAGCGGCAGGUGCUGUCUGCUAGUGAGAUGGUGGGGUGCCUGGAGCUGGGGAACGCAGCCCGUACCGUGGGCUCCACGGCCAUGAACGCAGCCUCCUCCCGCUCCCACGCCAUCUUCACCAUCACCCUGGAGCAGCGCCGCGGCGGAGACAAGACGGAUUCCAUCGUGUCGAAGCUGCACCUGGUGGAUCUGGCCGGCUCGGAGAGGCAGAAGAAGACCAAAGCAGAGGGGGACCGUCUGAAGGAAGGCAUCAGCAUCAACCGAGGCCUGCUGUCCCUGGGGAACGUGAUCAGUGCCCUGGGUGAUGACAGCAAGAAAGCCACCUUUGUCCCUUACAGAGACUCCAAGCUCACCCGCCUGCUGCAGGACGCUCUGGGGGGGAACAGCCACACCCUGAUGAUCGCCUGCAUUAGCCCCGCCGACUCCAACAUGGAGGAGACCAUCAACACCCUGCGUUACGCCGACCGAGCACGCAAGAUCAAGAACAAGCCCGUGGUCAACGUUGACCCCAGAGCUGCUGAGAUGAAGCACCUCAAGCAGCAGGUCCAGGAGCUGCAGGUCAUGCUUCUGCAUGCACGUGGAGGGGUGCUGCCUGCGGUCUCUGGGUACGAGCCAGGGGACAGCACGUCCAAGCUGCUGGAGAGGACGCGAGUGCUGCAGGACGAGAACUCCAAGCUGAGCCGGGAGCUGAGCGAGGCAGCCGGGCAGACCGCCCUCAUGUUCGAGAGGAUCAUCAUGACUGAGCAGGUGAACGACAGACUGCAGUGCAAGCUGGAGGAGCUGAAGGAGCACGCAGCGUGUAAGAUUGACCUGCAGAAGGUGAUGGAGACUUUGGAAGACCAGGAGCUCAAGGAGAAUGUGGAGGUGAUCCAGAGUCUGCAGCAGAUCAUCAUACAUCUCCAGGAUGAGGGUGCUGGCCUAGCCGCCAGCAUCGAGGCCCUGUCUUCAGGAGGAGGUGAGGAGGGGGAGGACGGCCAGGCCUCAGGGAGUGGAAGAAACACCCCAGUAGACGGCUCGCCUGGCAGCGCUGGUGCCAUGAAUGAAAAGAACUCCCCAGAAGGCUUCACUACCCAGCAUGCUUUGCGUCAAGCCCAGAUGUCCAAGGAGCUGAUUGAGCUGAACAAAGUGCUGGCGCUGAAGGAGGCGUACGUGAAGAAGAUGUGUCAGAACGACACCAAGCUGGAGCCCAUGGAGGUGGAACAUCAGAACAACAUCAAGAGCCUGCAGGUGUCGGUUGGCUCUCUGCAGAAGGAGAAGGAGGACCUCAUCAUGGUUCUCCACUCCACCAAGAAAGACACAAACCAGGCCAAGUUGAGCGAGCAGCGCAGGAAGAGGCUGCAGGAGCUGGAGGGACAGAUCACGGACAUGAAGAAGAAGCUUCUGGAACAAUCCAAGCUCCUAAAGAUCAAAGAGUCUUCCGUCCGCAGCGUUAACAAGCUCAAUGUAGAAAUUCAGGCUAUGAAAGCCCAGAGGGUGCAGCUGAUGAGGCAGAUGAAGGAGGACUCUGAGAAGUUCAGGGUCUGGAAGACGCAGAAGGACAAAGAGGUGCUUCAGCUAAAGGAGAAGGACCGGAAGCGCCAAUACGAGAUGCUGAAGCUGGAGAGAGACUUCCAGAAUCAGGCCAACGUCCUGCGGCGCAAGACUGAGGAGGCGGCCGCUGCAAACAAGCGUCUGAAGGACGCGCUGCACAAGAGGAGCGAGGUGGCCGAGAGGAGGAAGGACGUCCACAAGGGCAUCGACGGAGCCGCUGGCAGAGUCAAGGCUUGGCUCCUGAACGAGGUAGAGGUGCUCGUGAGCACGGAGGAGGCCCGGCGCCACCUGCGGGACCUGCUGGAGGACCGGAAGAUCCUGGCGGAGGAGGUGUGCCAGCUAAGGCAGCAGAUGGACGCGGGGGAGAAGCCGGCUGCCAAGAUCAGGCGGCGCACCCUCAUCAUGUCGGAGCUGGAGAGCCAGGGGCAGCUGGAGGCGUCUGUGGGCAAGCAGGUGGAGAACCUGGAGACGGAGAUGGGCCUCAGGAACGCCCAGAUAGCCGACCUGCAGCAGAAGGUUCUGGAUGCGGACGGGGAGGUGCGAAUGAAGCAGCGCUGGGACACCAUCACCACCAUCAUGGAGGCCAAGUGUGCCCUGAAGGUCCUCAUGUCUGAGUUGGUAUCGGCCAAGACGGCGAACGGCAAGCAGGAGAGCGACUUGAAGCAGGAGCGAGCCAACCUGCUGGACCUGCAGAAGAUGCUGUAUGACGAGAGGAAGCUCAUGGCCUCCAUGGAGGUGGAGCAUCAGCAGCGCCUGGUGGAGCUGGAACUGAGGCACCAGGAGAAGGUGCUGUACCUGCUCAGCCAGCUGCAGAACAAGCCUGACGGGGCCAGGGAGGAGCUGAGGCAGCCCGAGGACGACCGCACCUCCAAACGGGAGAGAGAGCUGCUGCAGCGCCUCAAGUUCCAGGAGGAAGAGAUUGAAAAGAUGCGGGAACUGAGUGACAAGAACCAGAAACUUACGGAAGAAAACGAACAGUUCCGACAGAAACUGACACUGCUCCAGUUGGCCAGUGGUCGAAAGAUCAACACCCUCCCGCUGACUGGGGAGUCUCCUGACGAUUCCUUUGAGUACGUCCCCCCUAAGCCCAAAGGAAGGCGUUUCACCACGGCACGGGCCCCCACAAAGAUGGCUAUCGACCUGGACGAGUUGGUGUCUGAGGAAGAGGAGGAGGAGGAAGAGGAGGAGGAAGAAUGGCGCCCCGUCGCAAACGACAAAAGCCGCAAGACCUUGAAGAAACCCAGGGAAACCGGGUGUGCUUGUAAGGGUCGCUGUGGCAACAGACUGUGCCGGUGUCGCAAGGGCAAGAUGACGUGUGGGGAGAACUGCCAGUGUGAUCAUGAGAAAUGUCGUAACAUGGAAGCCCAGAUGUCCCAGAGCAUGGACUCCAACGAAACAGACGACAGGUCCAAGGAUUCGGUCUACAUCCCCCAGGACCCCACAGCCUCCAGCGCAGGGAACGCCACCUUCUUCCAGCCCCCCUGCGUCACACCCACCAAGAAGGUGCUGCAGAUCGGGGACAUAGGACACCUUCCUGCUGACCUCAGACUUCAGAGGAAACCUGUCACUGAGGAAAAAGAUGAGGAAGAAGAAGAGCGAAACACCGUCAGCUUCCUGAAGAAGAAGAAGCGAGUCCUGACCAGCUGUCAGAACAGUUACUUCUCUGGUUGUACUCCUAUCAGAGAGGAGUCGUAAGGACGGGAGGCAGAUUAGCAGUGACUCCAGCGUUGUGGUGCACUCCGUAGGACUGUCCUGUUUUGUAUGGUCUUACUGUUUUGUGAGUCUUUUGUCAAUGUGAUGUAUGUGUGUAGUUCCUUAAAUAAAUUGUAGCAAAUGA